AUGAAGUUGAAGCCACAAACGACGAAGGGAACAGUGACGCCUCUAGCUUCGUUGUUCUCAGAGGAGGAGGCACGCAAAGCAGCAACUUACGUGCUGGAGAAAAUCAGAGAGAAGAGGGAAGAAAUGAACCGUCUUCAACAUUUCGUGGACGAAAACGACAAUCUCAUCAAUCUCGUCACGAAGCUUUCGGAUCAGCUCCGCCACAACGUUAUGGCGAGUUUUAAUCCAUUAAAACAACCUUAUCCUUAGAGUCUAAUUGCGUACACACGAUUGAUGAAACGCACCAACGAGUGGUUGGUGUUUUUGGGAGAGAAUUACUAUACUGACAGAACAUAAAGAGACAAGACUUUACAGUCCCAGAUUCAUUCUCUCAAAGCUGAGAUUGAAGAUUUUCAAUCGGAGGCUUCCUUCUUCGCUACAACUGCUUCAGAAGCAGCAGAAGGACUUCUUGAGAUAAGAGAAGAGUAUGAAGAAGAAGAUUCUUCUGCAACUGUGCUUCAGCCUUCUGGUUUUAAUCCUGGAGGUGAGGGAGAGGCGGGAGAAGGUGAAGUUGAAGUUGAAGAGAAUGAAUUUGCUCGAAUCAUGUCCAAGUUGAAUGAACUUGAAAUGCAAGAAGAACUGGAGGGUGAGGAUGGGGAUGAUUAUAAAGGUGAAGACCAAUACUCUUCUGGGGAAAGUGUGGAGGAGAGUGAGCACGUUAUGGUGUUUGAUCUUAGAGAUAAAUCAAACCACAAUAGGAUUGGUGAUGAGGAAUCUGCUGCGAAACAAGAAUCUACCAUAUCUGUUCUUGAGAAGGUGUCUUCUGGCCAUAGUUCUUCUGUUGGUGAACCGAUGAGAUAUUCAGAGUCACCUAUACAGAAAUCGGAGCCCAAGUUUGAUACUAACAACAAGGCGUUUACUGGAUCGAUCGUAGAGCACGCCCAUAAUCUACAAACCAACACACACGGCCUAAUGCAGCCUUCAGGGUCUCAGCCAUCAAAACCAGUUUCAAGAUUCAAGGCACAGAGAAAAUAG